AUGAGUUCUCUUUCUGUGGGUCGUAAAUCACGCUGUGUGGUUCUCAAAGAACAGCCCGGCAAGAUUGCGACCAAAACCUUUAUUAGUAAUCCCGCUACUAGUACUCCCACAACGCCCAUAACUCCCAUCACAACUAAUACUCCUACCAAUACUAAUACGAAUACCACUACCAAUACUUCUACUAAUGUUGUGCACACGACUGGGAAUAGUUGUGGUGGAAUGGGAAAGGCGGCCCGCAGUGAGCCACGGCGCAGUUCUGUUUCCAUCCGGCGUGCAGGCCGCAGUGCGGCGAGGGGUAGUCUGCAGAGCGAAGCCGCGGCGCGGCCUUCAGGCAUUUCUAUACAUCGAGACCCUCAUUCAAAACAACAUCUACAACCAAAGGAAAAAGUAAAACAUCAACAAAAACAACAAAAACAACAACAAUCUCCAGACAAAAAAGUACAAGAAGUACCAAUGUUUGUUAAUCAAAGUGUCCCAGAGAAUCAAACACUUGGAUCUGAGAGUUCAGUGGAUUUAGUGGAGACUUCAGACUUUUUAACGCGAUUGGCCCUAGAAGAUUGUAUUGUUUGUUUGGAAAACCUGCAAGGCAUUGUUUCAUCUCUUAUUACUCCAAAUGUUAAUGGUGAAAAACAAGCAAAAGGUGGUAAAGUUCUGGUGGGACGUACGGGAGUGAAUCCGUUUAAAUUAAGUAAACGUCCAUUAGUUCAAAUCGCUGAGGAGCUUUCAUCACGGUUAAACCAACUCACAGACCGCUGUGAAACUUACUUGGGAAUAGGCCAUACAAAUUCUGAUGGAAUUAAUGAAAAUAACCAAGAGAAUGGAAGAAAUAUUGUACAAAAUGCAGAGGAUACAUUUGGUCGUGCUGUGGAAACGCAGUAUACUAUGACUGGAACUAUUGAUGAGGCGAGACAAGAGAAACCACCAGCGGAAAAUGUUUUUUCCACCAGUACAUUUGGGAAAAUGGUGGCAACACAUGGGACGUGUUUCGCAUCCACAGUAGAAACCACCGAGCUUUCAGAUGCUGAUGCAAACAGUCAGAGCAGAACACCGGUGGAAGCAGGGAAUCACGGUGCUGUAAAUGAAGUUUUUAUGGGAUUAAAAGAAGGACAAAAACCACUUCUUUAA